AUGUCUGCCGAACAGUCCUCCCAACCUGCGUGGAAAGCACUCGUUGCAGAGAAACGAGCCAGGCAGCAAGCGUCCAUCCCUUCUGACUGGUUCUCUCUCAUUGAGCCUCAUAUUCCGUCUGCGGACACCCUCGAUGUAUCGGGUAUACCGGACCAAUGCACGGAGCUCCUGAGCGAGCGAGAGAGGGAGAUCACGAACACCCUCGAUGUCCAAGUGCUCCUUGCCAAGCUUGCGAGCGGGACCUGGUCCAGUGUUGAGGUUACUACUGCGUUCUACAAGAGAGCCAUAAUUGCACAGAAUUUGACUAACUGUCUCACCGAGAUAUUCGUUGAGCAGGCCUUGGCACGGGCAGCUGAGGUUGAUGAAUACCUCAAGAAGACAGGAAAGCCUAUGGGGCCUUUACAUGGUCUGCCCGUAUCACUGAAAGAUCAGAUCUGUAUCAAGGGUUUGGAAACUACAAUGGGAUACGUCUCUUGGAUUGGUAAAUACGCUGAGAGAGAUGCAGCCCUCGUGGAGAUACUCUACAAGUGCGGCGCGGUACCAUUCGUCAGGACGAACGUACCGCAAACCUUGAUGUGGCCGGAAACGUUCAACAACGUCUUCGGACGAACCGUCAAUCCCCAUAACCGCCUGUUGACUUGCGGUGGGUCAAGCGGCGGCGAGGGCGCCCUCGUAGCCAUGCGUGGAAGCCCACUCGGCGUUGGGAGCGACAUCGGAGGGUCGAUCCGUAUCCCCUCGGCCAUGUGCGGCGUCUACGGCCUCCGCCCUUCAUAUAACCGCAUUCCCUACGAAGGUGCCGUCAAUUCCCUGCUCGGCCAGGACUCCGUGCCGUCCGUGCUUGGCCCCCUCGCCAACUCCAUCUCCGGUCUCAAGGCGUUCACGCAGGCCGUCGUGUCCGCCGAGCCGUGGCGCCUUGACCCGCUGUGCGUGCGCAAGAAGUGGGACGAGGACGCGUACAGGCUCAGCGAGCAUGGUGGCGGAGAGCGGAUGUGCUUUGCGGUGAUGUGGGAUGAUGGGGUGGUCAAGCCGCAUCCGCCGGUUAUCAGGGGCUUGGAGAUGGUCAAGAAGGCGUUGGAGGCGAAGGGACACAAAGUUAUUGACUGGGUGCCAUGGAAGCACAGCGAGAUGAUUGAGAAUCUGAGCGCAAUCUGGGCAGCAGGCGCCGCCGAAGACUACGCAGUCACCACCCAGCCCACCGGGGAACCCAUCCUGGCCUCCAUGACCGACGACGCGAUGACCAGCGAGGCGCCCUUCCGUCCGUCUCACACCGACACCAUAUCCGCUUACCAGCUGUGGCAGCUGCACCUCAAGAAGCAGAAGCUGAGGAAAGAGUACCUGGACCGGUGGGAGGCCACCGUCGAGCAGACAGGGACUGGGCGACCGGUGGAUGCGAUCAUUGCGCCCGUUUCGCCCUGGCUCGCCCCGCCGCACGGCAAGAAUACGAAUUGCGGUUUCACUAUGGUCUGGAAUUUGCUGGAUUAUGCGGCGCUUGUGAUUCCGGUGUCGAAACUCGAUGAGAAGGUCGACGUCAAGCAGCCUCCACACAAGUUCCUCAGCAAGGAGGACGAGAAUGUUUACAAUCUAUACGAGCCCGCAACGUUCAAGAACGCUCCUAUCGCAGUGCAAGUGGUGGGUCGGACAUUAGAAGAGGAAGGCGUAAUCGGGAUGGCGGAACUCGUUGAUGCGGCUCUCAAGGACGUCGCCCGGUAAUCAGGAGUGAACUACUAAGUAUCAAAGUCUCCAACGAUAUUUAUGCCAUAAUAAUACAUAUGUGUCUCUAAGAAUACAACGUCUACAGGAUAUUUCCAGCCGUCAUAAUGUCCAUGAACGAGUGCCCAGCGAGGAUGAUGCCAUGCGAUCACAAUCCGUCUAUUAGAUGGAUCAGGUCGUCGUCCGGCUGUUUGGCCCCCUCAUUGAUAAAAGUCAGGAUCCGUUCAAAUACCUCCGUUCGUUGUUUGAACCGCUCUGCGGACAAGACCGGGCCAUCUCCUCGCUCGGCCUUUUCCUUAGGAUCUUCCUCCCAAGUCAAGGGAGGUUGUCGUGUAGGGCCG